GAGAGAGAGAGAGAGAGAGAGAACAGUGGAGUCCAGCCUUGAUCAACUUCACUCACUUUACUUCUCUCUUCCUUAUUUACUGCAUUUUUGAGCCCUAAACUGUAUUGGAAAUUGUUAAUGGUGGUUUAUAAGUUGUUGAAGAAGUGGAAUAUGAGAGAGAGGUGGUGAAACAAGGAGAUAUAAGCUGCUUGGUGUGGUGAUUGUUGAUGGUCAAACUAUUGAACCAUUUGACCUGUUUAAUUUGAGGAAAUGUUGGACCUGUGACCUGCUGGAGUACACACCUUCUGGGAUAUAUACCCUCUGGAGUACUUGUCUGCUGGAGUACAUGCCUGCUGGAGUACAACUGCAGAAUUCUGUGAGGACUAAAGUGAAGAGCACGGAGUCGUUGCUGCUUAGUUGCCUCUGGGUUGUCAGCAAUGAUAGGGAUGUGGCACAUGUGAUGAUGAGGGCAAGGCUUGGCGGAUGUAAGCCUCCAUCCUCAUUGUUGUCAUUGGGAAUAACAUCAGUUGAGGUCACCAGCAGGAGGGAAGGGUCUUCUUGUCUGGACGGGGUGUGGGCUGGGUGGUGGUGGUGGCUGGUGUCUGGACUUACCUCGUGUUCCCUCCCACACCAGCUUGUACGGUACGUCGUGUCUUGGAAGUGUGAUGUUGUGAUGUGGAGAAUGGUGCGCCGAUACCUGCCCCACGCUGUCGUAGGGGCAGUCAUGUUGGUUCUUAUUUAUCGUGCCCAUCAUCCCUGCCAAGAUGCAGUGCAACGACCAUUUAGAAAGCACAUGACGUCAGAUAAUACAGGAGCUUUGCAUAAUUAUGACCGGAAUGAGCCAAUGAUCUUCAUUGGAGGGAUGCCACGCUCUGGCACUACACUUGCACGUGCCAUGCUUGAUGCCCAUCCUGACAUAAGGUGUGGAGAGGAGACUAGAGUAGUGCCUCGGAUACUUCAAAUGCGACAACAGUGGAAAAGAUCGGCCAAGGAAUCAUUACGGUUACAAGAAGCAGGUGUUACAGAUGAGGUGUUGGAUGAAGCCAUCGCCUCAUUCAUCCUGGACAUAGUGGUUAACCAUGGACAACCAGCAUCUCGUUUAUGUAACAAAGAUCCGUUCACUCUGAAAUCUGCCACAUAUCUUUCUAAAUUGUUUCCCAAUGCAAAAUUUCUUUUCAUGGUGCGAGACGGCAGGGCAACAGUUCAUUCCAUUAUAUCACGUAAGGUGACAAUUACGGGCUUUGACUUGUCCUCAUAUAAACAGUGUCUGCAGAGAUGGAACAGUGCUGUUCAAACAAUGAACACACAGUGUGAAGAGCUGGGAGCAUCAAAGUGUUUGCCUGUAUACUAUGAGCAACUGGUUCUGCAUCCACAGGAAUGGAUGAGAAAAAUUUUGGGUUUCUUAGAUGUUGCUUGGAAUGAUGCUGUGCUUCAUCACGAGGAACAUAUCAAUAAACCUGGCGGGGUUUCUCUCUCAAAGGUAGAGCGAUCGAGUGACCAAGUAAUCAAGCCAGUAAACCUGGAUGCUCUUAGCAAGUGGGUGGGUCAGAUUCCAAAGGAAGUGGUUGAGGACAUGGCCAAUAUUGCUCCCAUGUUGGCAACCCUUGGAUAUGAUCCUUAUAGUAAUCCACCAAAUUAUGGUCAAGCAGAUGCCUUGGUUGCUAAUAACACUAAGAGGAUACAGAAGGAGCUCAGUAAGUGGGAGGAUCGUGCUGAGGCAGUGAGAAGUGCCUCCAAACAUCGCAAAGCAGACAACACAUGAUUUCCAUCUUCUAAGGUGCAACAUCUCAAAUAUCAUUCCUUUACCCUACCAUGUGUAAAAUUGGGAUGUGUGACUACAGUGUAUAUGCAUUUUGGUCAGAAACAUAAGUUGGUAUAGUUUUAAAUGCUCUGCCAUAUUUGAUUUUGAAGGAAAUAAUGUUAUCUAAUUUUUUAAUUUUGAUACAGUAUUGUGUGCUCCAUCACUUUGUGAUGGUACAAAACAGUUUCUAAGGUGCAAAGUCUUACACCAUAUGGCAUUUCACUAUUUAUAUAUGUAUAAUUUUUAUCUUUUACUUAAAUAGUAAAUUGCACAAAGUAAUUUAAGUGUAAUACUUGCUGUGGUAUCAUGAAAAAAAAAAAUAUUGUGCCAGCUUUUGUAGCACUCAUUUUCAACAUAAUUUUAGUGUGUGAGGGUAGAUGGGUGGAGGUUUGUCUGUGUUAGUAGGUGGGGGUGUGUGUGGGGGAUGUUGGUGUGUGUUUGCUUGUAGGUGGGGGUGGGUGUGUGUGUGCUUGUAGGUGGAGGUAGGUGGGUGGGGGUCACCCACCCACCCACACCUACAGUAGGUGUGGGUGGGUGUAGGACAGUGUUGGUUUGUGUUUGCUUGUAGGUGUGGGUGGGUGUGUGGGGGUGUUGGUGUGUGUUUGCUUGUAGGUGUGUGUUUGCUUGUAGGUGUGGGUAGGCAUGGGUGUGUGUGUGUGUGGGGGGGUGUUUGCAUAUAUAAAUGUGUGGGGAGCAUUUGCUUGUGUGUGUGUGGGGGUGUUUGCUUGUAAGUGUGGGGGGUGUUUGCUUGUAAGUAAGAUAAGAUAAGAUUUCGUUUGGAUUUUUAACCCCGGAGGGUUAGCCACCCAGGAUAACCCAAGAAAGUCAGUGCGUCAUCGAGGACUGUCUAACUUAUUUCCAUUGGGGUCCUUAAUCUUGUCCCCCAGGAUGCGACCCACACCAGUCGACUAACACCCAGGUACCUAUUUGCUGCUAGGUGAACAGGACAACAGGUGUAAGGAAACGUGUCGAAAUGUUUCCACCCGCCGGGAAUCGAACCCGGGCCCUCCGUGUGUGAAGUGGGAGCUUUAGCCACCGGGCCACCGGUGUGGGGGUGUUUGUAAGUGGGGGGUUUGCUUAUAGGUGUGUGUGGGGGUGUUUGCUUGUAGGUGUGGGGGUGUUUGCUUGUAGGUGUGGGGGUUUGCUUGUAGGUGUGAGUGUAGGGGGUGUUUGCUUGUAGGUGUGUGUAGGGGGUGUUUGUAGGUGUGUGUGGUGGGUUUUGUUGCAGGUGUGGGUGUGUGGGGGUUUGCUUGUAGGUGUGGGGCAUGUUUGCUUGUAGGUGUGGGUAGGCAUGGGUGCGGGGUGUUUGCUUGUAGGUGUGGGGGUGUUUGCUUGUAGGUGUGAGUGUGGGGGGUAUUUGCUUUUAGGUGUGAGUGUGGGGGAGUGUUUGCAUGUAGGUGUAUGUGUGGGGGUGUUUGCCUGUAGGCAUGGGUGGAUGUGUGGGGGGAUGUUGGUGUAUGUUUGCUUGUAGGUAAGGGCUGGUGUGUGUGUGUGUGUGUGGGCAUGUUUGUGUGUGUGCUUGUAGGUGUGUGUGGGGGUGUUUGUGUGUGGCUUGUAGGCAUGAGUGGGUGUGUGUGUGUGUGCUCGUAGGUGGGUGGGGGUGUUGGUGUGUUUGCUAGUAGGUGUGGAUGGGUUGUGUGUGCUUGUAGGUGUGGGUGGGUUGUGUGUGUUUGUAGGUGUGGGUGGAUGUGUGGGGGUGUUGGUGUGUGUUUGCUUGUAGGUGUGGGUAGGCAUGCGUGUGUGUGUGUGUGGGGGCUGUUUGCUUACAUAAAUGUGUGGGGGGAAUUUGCUUGUGUGUGGGGGGUGUUUGCUUGUAGGUGUGAGUGUGGGAGGUAUUUGCUUGUAGGUGUGAGUGUGGGGGUGUUUGCUUGUAGGUGUGAGUGUUGGGGAGUGUUUGCAUGUAGGUGUGAGUGUGGGGGUGUUUGCUUGUAGGUGUGUGUAGGGGUGUUUGCCUGUAGGUGUGGGUAGGCAUGGGUGGGUGUGUGGAGGGAUGGUGUGUGUUUGCUUGUAGGUGGGGGCUGGUGUGUGUGGGGGGGUGUUGAGGUGUGUGUGUGUGCUUGUAGGCAUGGGUGGGUGUGUGUGUGUGUGCUUGUAGGCAUGGGUGGGGGUGUGUGUGUGUGUGUGUGUGCUCGUAGGUGGGUGGGGGUGUUGGUGUGUUUGCUUGUAGGUGUGGGUAGGCAUGGGUGUGUGUGUGGGGGGAUGGCUGUUUGCUUACAUAAAUGUGUGGGAGGAAUUUGCUUGUAUGUGUGGGGGUGUUUGCUUGUAAGUGUGGGUGUGUGUGGGGGGUGUUUGCUUGUAGGUGUGUGUAAGGGGUGUUUGUAGGUGUGUGUGGGGGGUGUUUGCCUGUAGGUGUGGUGUUGUGUGUGGGGUGUUUGCUUGUAGGUGUGGGUAGGCAUGGGUGGAGGUAUUUGCUUGUGGAUGUGAGGGUGUUUGCUUGUAGGUGUGGGGGUGUUUGCUUGUAGGUGUGCAAUGGGGUGUUUGCUUGUAGGUGUGGUGGGUGUUUGCUUGUGGGUGUGGGGGUGUUUGCUUGUAGGUGUGGGGGUGUUUGCUUGUGGAUGUGGGGGGUGUUUGCUUGUAGGUGUGGGGGUGUUUGCUUGUGGAUGUGGGGGGUGUUUGCUUGUGGGUGUGGGUGGUGUUUGAUUGUAGGUGUGAGUGGGUGUGGUGAUGUUUUUAUAUUCAUCUGUGUUAAUACAUGCAGCUUAUAUGAUACACACUUAUUAUAUUCAAUGGGAAGUACUGAAUUCAUAAGGGUGUUACAAGACCUGGGAAAUGGGAGGUGUUAUGGUUUGAUCCAAGGAAGGAAGGAAGGAAAGCUGUUGGGAUUUCUUGGAUUGAGACUUUUUCAAAGGUUAUAAUAUACAUAACUACAUUGUAUUAUGCAAUUUUAGAAAACAUUUUCCCUGGAUUUUUGUUUUUCUUUGUAUAAAAUUUAUGCAAAAUUAAGUGUUGGUAAUUUAUAUUAGUGAAUUAUGUUAAUAAUUUUUACUACAGUAUAUAAAUGUAAAUUAUUUAAUCAUGCUAUUGACAAAAUAAAAACAGCAAAUUUAAUAGUGGCCCCUUGAAUUACGAUGGGCUUGAGUUAAGAUAA